AUUUAAUGACACCGUCGGAAUAGACCAAUCAAAAUCGUUGUUUUAUUCUUUACAGGAACUGCGAGAAACUUCAGUGCACAUGAAUAACAAAAUGACAUUUUUGUGAUUUUCUCCCAAUAAAAGCUACCAACAUGUCCGACAAAGGACAUAAUCUAUCUCAGGAGGAUGAGGAUCAGAUAGCCAAGUUAUUCAAAGAACUGGACAGAAAUAAAGACGGCAAAAUUGAGAUUGAAGAUUUGAUAGUUCGCCUGAAAGCCAAAAACGUUGCUGAUGCAUCUAGACACGCAGAGAAACACAUUUCGCAUUUGGAAACGAAACUGAUGAAACAUGACAGUGAUAAGGAUGGGAAGAUUAACCUCGAAGAAUUUCUGCGAUAUGCGUCAGAACAUGACAAAAAAAUUAAACUGUUCUUUUCCAAAAUGGAUAAAAAUAAAGAUGGUCUUAUCGACGUUGAGGAGAUCAUGGCUGCCUUCAAAGAAUCAGGAAUGUCCAUAUCAAAAGACGAGGCAGAAAACUUACUCAGCAGUAUAGACAGUGAUGGGACUAGAAAGAUCGACGGCAGCGAGUGGCAGGCGUACCAUUUACUUCGGCCCAGCGACAAUUUUAAUGAUGUACUACACAAUUGGAGACAUUCGACUAUAAUUGACAUUGGCGACAACACCAUCAUUCCUGAUGACUUCACUGAGAAAGAAAUGCAAACGGGGAUGUGGUGGCGCCAUCUGGUUGCGGGGGGAACGGCAGGAGCCGUCUCAAGAACGUUCACUGCGCCACUUGACAGACUGAAAAUUCUUUUCCAGGUUCAUGGUGGGAAAAUUGAAAAGAAGGAUAAAUUGACUAUACGAGACGGUUUUCGACACAUGUUGAAGGAGGGUGGGGUAAAAUCUCUGUGGCGCGGAAACGGGGUCAAUGUGAUCAAGAUAGCCCCCGAGUCUGCCAUCAAGUUCAUGGCUUAUGAACAGAUAAAGGGGAUGUUCCGGGGAGACAGAAAGGAGAUCGGACCAUUGGAACGGUUUGCGGCAGGGUCGUCAGCUGGGGCCAUAUCUCAAUCCAUCAUUUAUCCAAUGGAGGUAUUGAAGACCCGUCUAGCGCUGCGAAAAACAGGCCAGUAUAGUGGAAUGGUUGACUGUGCGGCGAAACUUUUCAAGCACGAGGGGGCUGGUGUGUUCUACCGUGGUUUUUUACCAAAUAUUAUAGGCAUUAUUCCCUAUGCUGGCACUGAUCUGUGUAUAUACGAGACUCUAAAGAAGCUUUACCGUCGUAAAAACGAGGGUGCUGAUCCCGGGAUUGUUGCCCUUGUAUUGUGCGGUGCUACGAGUUCCACGUGCGGGCAGCUUGUCAGCUAUCCACUCGCUCUUAUACGCACAAAACUACAGGCUGAACCUGGUGAUAAUAAAAGCACCUUGAGUUCAAUGUUUAACCGUAUACUCCGAAAUGAGGGACUAAAGGGAUUUUACCGUGGCCUCGCGCCGAACUUCCUCAAAGUUGCGCCAGCCGUGUCCAUCAGCUAUGUCGUGUACGAGUCUGUAAGAGAACAACUUGGAAUGAAGAUGUCUUAGAUGGGAUAUGAAGUGGUCUGGGACCAGAUUUCGAAGUAGAAGAGAUGGAUCGAAUUGGCGGAAAGAGGCUGACGGCCUGAUCAGGGGUUUUUGUCGAUAUAUUAUGUGAUUUUAUGAGUACAUGCAUAAGUAUGUGUGUACUGGUUAGAAUUUUGCAAUUUGAUUAUAGAAAUAUACUCUAUAUACAGAAGAUGGAAGCUUUUUACAUUAAAUUUGCUAUUGUUAUUGAUCUUUGAAAUGACCGAAGAAGCUAAAAGCUGCACUCUCACUCACUGACCGUUUUGACAAUUUUUUACCUUUUUGGCUUUUGUGUAAAUGUCUGAAAACCUGUGAUAUAAGACUGCUGAUAAAAGAUCAUAUCGCAGUUUUUUAAAAUUUAAGCUUGAAAAUUGAUGUUUUAUGGCUAAAAACGUUACUAACGCUUUAAGAAAAAAAUAAAGUUUUCCAAACAAAUGAGAUCUGUUGCGAGUUAUCUUUUCUUUUCUUUAUCUGACUGGUUUGAAAAUACUGAUGCCAAAAUUCAGCUGAUUCUAAGACAAAAAACGGAAGAGUUGUCAAAUCAGUCAAUCUAUGAGAGUGCAGCUUUUAAGGUUGAUAAUUACAAAUGCUUAGUUUGAGGAAUGUAUAGGAUUUUACACGAUUUGCCAUUUAAAGGGACUGGACACCAGUUGAUCGAGUUGAAAGAAAAAAAAGAAAAAUGUCAAUCUUACUUACUGAUGUAUCAUAUCGCUUACAAGACAUGCUUCUUUUACAGUUUUUGGGCUUAUCUACCACAUAAAUCCCAGUAAGUUUAAAAUAGCAUCAUUUUUAAAUUGGGAACCUCAGAUGAGACAAGCAACAUGAUUGUUGCAAUUAUUCGUUAAAUCAUGUAAAAUGAUGACUUUAGGCUUGUUUUGAGGAAAUAUUGUUUUUGCCGAUUUUUGGAUCAUCCGGUGUCUAAUCCCUUUAAUAUAAAAAUAAUAUGAAACAAGUUUAAGAAAAUUUAUAAAGUGAGCCUUUUAUGAGCUUUAUAACUUUUAACGUAACAAGUUCAAUGUAGUUUUGUAUUGAAUGACACAAUCGUUGCCAGAAAUAAGAAAAAAUAUUUCCAUUUUUCAUUAAUAAGUUUGACACUAAAAAUGUAGGGCAAUAUGACAUCAAUCUCAAGUAAUAUUUCGCUAGUGUUAUAUAAGGAAAUACAAUAUUUUUGAAUUGCUCUCAAAAGAAGCAACGUCAUGUGACUUGAAUUGUCAAUCCCAAAUUCCUCUACUAGAUUUUUCAACAGCCCUGCUGUAAAAUAUCCAAAAUUUGCUCGAAACGCAUUCUACCAUUGCAGUGCUAUAGUGGGUUCGUGCUAAUUUCGACCACAACAUGAUGAUAAUAAUAUUGUCAAAAUUGUUUAAGAUUGAGACUUCUGCUGUAAUUUACGUAUUUAUAAGGAAAACAUGUAUAUUAUGUAUAUUUUGGAGUUGGAACAUGUUUGACAUUUGAAAGAGAAUGUGUUUGGUAUUUAUUAGGCCUAAAAAAAUAAUGUGUUUGUUUCUGGUUUUAUUUCACAGAAAAAUAGGGUAGGUGGGUCGGAAAAUCAUUUUAUUUGAAUAUUUUUUUAUUAGCCAUUUUUUUUUUAUUAAUAUUUUUCUGUUACUAUAAACUAAAGGUUAAAUGCUUGAGAACAUUGAUUCACUCAGUUUUAGCUUUGCUAGUAUUAGUAAAAGCUGAAAACACAUCAUUUUUAACUUUUGAUAGAUUAAAAUAAAACAAAUAAACAAAUUAAAUUUCUCAAGGCAAUAAAAAAAACGUCUAGGGUCGGGGCUAAAAAUAGGUAAGGUCAGGCUACUGGAAACAGACAUAUAUAUUUUUUAUGCCUUACUGAAUAUAGUGGGGCUGAUUGUUCAGAACUUUGUUAAAGUUAACAAUCUUGUUAACUUCAGCGUUGUUAACUUUACAAUCAUUACUGCACUGGAAGUUUUCUUUAAAUAUGAUCUGCUGUAUUUGAAACAACUGUUUCAGAAGGGCAAUAAAGAUUUGAAAGUUAUUUACUGCGCUGACCCGACAAUGUUGCUAAGUUUAACAAAGUUCUGAACAAUAGGCCCAAUAUGUGAACAUGGCCUUUUGGUAUGUAAAUAAAAGUAAUGUAAUUGAUAAUUGGUUCAAAUUUACUUCAAGAUUGUUACAGAUUUUUGUUUAAGAUUUGUACUGUUGAGAAUAGACCUAGAAUUGUGGUAAUAUGGGAAUGAAUAUCAGGGGUUCUAAUGUACAGGAUCAAUCACAAAAUCACGAUUAAGAGCUUUUAACUAUCAGAAUAUUUUAUAGUUUUAAAGAUCGAUUUUUGGCUCAGACAUAGUUUUAAAGAUCGAUUUUUGGCUCUGACAUAGUUUUAAGAUAAAUUUUUGGCUCCGACUUAGUUUCAAGAUCGAUUAAGGGCUUGGACAUAGUUUCAAGAUCGAUUUUUGGCUGUGACAUAGUUUUAAAGAUCGAUUUUUGGCUCAGACAUAGUUAUAAAGAUCAAUUUUUUGCUCUUAACUUUCGUAUCAAAAAUAGAAGGUGCAAGUACCUUGAAAUGAAUAAAGAUGACUCUUUGGAGAAAAAAAAUAUUUUGAGAGGUCAAAGCCUCUUUACACUGCUUAGGGCAUGAACCCCUCGUACUCUUAAAGCUGCACUCUCACAGAUUGACAGUUUUGACAUUUUUUAAUUUUUUUGUCUCCGAAUCAGCUGAUAUUUGCAUCGAUAUGCCUUCAAUUCAGUCAUUUUAGAUAACUCACAAUAGAACAUAUCUCAAGUGUACGGAAAGGGCCCGAAAAUUUCAAUUUUCUUAAAGCGUUGGUAACGCUUUUAACAAGUCAAUCUUUGAGCGUGCUUUAAAGACCUGGCUGUUUUCUGAGAUCAACAAUAAGCUAUUAUAAUCCCUGGUAUGUAUGUAUUUGAACUAGGAAGUUGAAAUUAAUCACCAAGUUUGAUACAAAUAGAUAAACAGGGAUAUUAUGGAAGACGAAUUCUGAUUUUGAAGGUAUUAAUAUCAGUUCAGUAUAUUACUGCGCAAUAUAUGUUUACCAUGUUAAUGUAUGUUGUAUUUUUUGUCGAUGUUGUACAUUUCACUCUUUAACCAAACCUUGACCAUUUUUAUGUUGUUGUUUUUUUAAUUUCUUUCAACUUUCUGAAGAAAUAGUUUAAUUUGUAUAAUUGAUUUUUAGGUUUUUCUAAGAUAACAUACAUGUACUUAUUUUUUUCUGUAGUUAAUAUACUAGGACAGUUAAUGUGAAGGGAUUAAAGUAAUUGAAUAUAAGUUUCUAUCAUGUGUUUCCAGAUCGGAUUGAAAAAUCUGAUCCGACAGAAUGCGCGUCAGCCUGUAAUGAGGUAGCAUGCCCGAGAGUCAGAUUUUUUUAUCUGGACCAGAAAAACAUGAUAUUGGUGUAAGUGAUUCAUCUUACAUGGGGAUGUAAGACAGGUUUUUCCAGCACUGGUCACAUGGCCGAAAACACACGUCUACGUUUAUUCUAUGUUUAGUACACGUGGAUAUAAUAAACAUAAACAAUUUAUUCUUAUGUCCAUAAAUAAGCUCUAUAAGAUGCAGGUAAUGAUUUUAAUCAUAUUAUGUGGAGAAAAACCAUGUUCUUUCUACCGUUAAAUUCUGUAUGCAAGUUCUAAAUUUUCUGAAAUACACUUGGAAUGAAUAUUAAAUUAUGCCUUUGGGGAUAAAACUAUGUAGCAAUUUUUUUAACUAGAAUUAUGUUACAAAUACAAUUGUUUCGCACAAGGGAUUUGAAGGGAUUAAUCUAUCAUUGAAUAAUUGAGCUGAUUACAACAUAUCAUGGAAGAGAUGUUUAAAACAUUCUCCAUUUACUGAAUAAAAGUGGUUUAUAUAGUAUAAAUAUAUCCGAAAACGAAUAACAAAAUCCCACUUAAACAAUGCUACUUAGUAUAAUGAUUUUUACAAUGUCAUGAAAAUUAUGACCUUGCUAUGGGUUUGCAAUUUGGCAUAGACAGCAGUAUAAAAUAUAAAAUAAUGGAUAAAUAUUGACUUUGAUCAUAAUUCUAUUGUAUUGAUUAGUUGAGUUUUUCGAAUUUUUUGUACAAGUGAUUAAAUACACAAAAUGCCAGUAAAACAAGCAGGGUGUUUUUUGGUGGGGGGAUAGCUGACAUUUAACAUUCACGAUUUUUUUUUUUUUUUCUAGAAAUAACAUACCGGUAACUUAUUUAUUUUAGGACUACGUAAAUUGUAACUUUUUUCUUUCUUUUGCUUUUUACUUAUUAAUGCCAUGUGAGUAAUUUGUAUAUUUGGUGCAAUCAUAUUAUUGUUUCAAUACAUUGGCUGCCUCCUUAAUUUACAAUACACCAAUAUUUUUUUAAAAAGCAUUAAAAACAAUUUAGCGAAAAUAGAAAAAAAUAGGGGGAUUUUGUGUGUUUUUUUAAUACAUUGCAUCGAAAAUUAAUCAUUUUCAAAAUGACCAUGCCUCAUUUUUAGCUCUACUGGCCAAAGGCCAGAAGAGCUUAUGCGAUGGUAAUGUGUACGUAGUAUGUGCAUCUGUGCGGUCGUGCGUCUGUAAACAAUUGCUUGUGAACACGAUACAGUCUUCAGUUUUGAUUGUAUCUCGAUGAAACUUGUACAGUAUCUAGAUAUCCAUUAGAGCUGGGUUCCUUUCGAAAACCAGCCAGAUCCGCCCAUGCAUGCCUAGAUUAUGGCUCUUGAUAGUAUAAAAAAUGCUAUUGUGUAAACAAUUGGUUGUGAACACGAUACAGUCUUCAGUUUUUAUUGUAUCUCAAUGAAACUUGUACAGUAUCUAGAUAUCCAUUAGAGCUCGGUUCCUUUCGAAAACCAGCCAGAUCCGCCCAUGAAUGCCUAGAUUAUAGACCAUGAAAGUUUUAAAGAAAUGCUCUCUAUUUUUAGCCAGGUCUGCAUGAGCGAAUUCUAUUUUUAGCCAAGUUUACAUGUACAUGUAAAUUCAAGUCUAGAGUUAAGGGAGACAAUUUGCAAGUCUAGGAUUUUGAGAGACAUUUUGCUUUUUGCUUCUGCAGCUGAUUUUGUGAAUUACUCUGCCUUGUUCUUGUUGAAAACCCAAAGGCCAUUUUUUAGCUUUUAAGUUCUGUAGUUUGCUCAUUCAUCUUAACAAAAUUGGUUGUGAAUGUUUAAGUUAUGCACCUGGUGUCAUUACUGGCCACACCCAGGGUUCACAGGUUUGGUAAACAUAAAUCUGGAAAGGUUUGAAAAUCUUUUUGUGUGUUCAUGCAUCCAUCUCAGCACAAUUGAUUGUGAAUGUUUGUUCAAAUUGAUCAAUGUUGUCCUAGGAUGCCCUUGACUUUGACCUUUUGACCAACUUUUUUUAACUUUUAAAACUACAGAAAUUUUUACUAUGAGUACAGCUUUGAAAGCAUUUUUUUUUGUCAGAUGACUUUUACUUGGCAAAUAUUAAAAUAGUUCAUGCAACUAAUCUGCUUACAAUACUUUCUGGGCUCAGAUGUUGAACGUGCUACGUUUUCAGGUAAGCCAAACACAAAACAUUAACCAUAUGUCUGUUGCCUUUUACCCAUACAUACAUGCUCUGGAUUGAUAUGACCACAAAAGCCAUGCCAGUAGAGCAUAGGCCCUUUUGGGCCUCUUGUUGUUGUAUAUAAUAAGUAUAUAUUUUUCACACUAUAUUUACACAUGAUAUGCAAAGUAGUGCUUAGCCGACCUCACUCUCGUUUUCUGUUAUAUCUAUCAUGUGUAUAUUUCAAUUGCUUAUUGCUCACCGUAUAUAUAUUUUAUUUUUAUAUAUUAUCUAUUAUUGUAACAUUUAUUUCGCUGUUCGUCUGAUGAUUAUUGAUUAUUGGUUGUGUUCCAACAAGUAUAUUUUGUCCAGAUAAUUGAUUAUUUCCAAAUUGUCAACUUAAAAUUGUACCAAUUUUGAGAGUGUUUUCUUUGUUUUUCGUCUACUCAUUAAAGGUACCAGACACUAGAUGAUACAAUUGCAAGAAAAAAAGAAAAUUAUUAAAAACCUUACAUAAAAGCAAGAACAACGCAUAAAAUCUAACUUAUUGAAAUUUCGCAUCGCUUAGGGCACAUGAUACUUUCUUUUGCCGUUUUUGCGUAUUUUUCCAAUUGAAUAUUUACUGGGUUUGUCUACCACGUAAAAAUCCAAGUUAAUUUAAAAAUAGCAUCAAAAUGUGUCUGUCCUAAUCACGUGACUUUCACAUGCUUACUGUACACCCUAUAAACUGGGAAACCAUUAUGCGCUUUUUUUAAACGUCUGAACUCAGCUGAGACAGCAACAAAAUAUUCUUUUAAUCAUGGAAAAUGAUGUUUUAUCACCAUUCUAGCUUUUACUGGCAAUUCUAGGCUUGUUUUGUGGAAAUAAUGUAUUUGCCGAUUUUGUGACCAUCUGGUGUCUAGUCCCUUUAACUCCAACAUCAGAGCUAUAACAAGUAGGCGGAGCUUAAAUGUUCAAUAACUAUUGUGAUGAUAAAUAUCAACACUAUUAACUUAUACAGCAUGCUAGUUAACGAACAAUGACAUUGACAAAAUGGUACAAAAUGAUUACAUCCCCCAUGAACUAACCUUUGUGAUUGAAAUGCUUGUGUAAAAUGCGCUGAAACGCCUAAGUUCAAUUUCUAUGACUCCGGUUAUGGGUGCCACAGUAAGUAUAACUUGAUGUGUGUUUGGCAACAGGCUUCUUGUCUUUCAUCGCUUAUCUAAACAAGAUUCCAAGUGCUAAAUAUUUUCACUCAUAGUAAGAAAUUGGGCAGUAAUUACAAAGCUACUUAACUUAGAAACUUGAUUAACUUUAUAGCGGAAUAUAGCCUUUAAUUAAGUUUUAUUUACAGAAAAUUAACCUAAUUUGAUCACUAAACAUAUGAAAAUGAGUAUAAUUUUGUUAAGAUUAUAAAUGCAUAUGAAAAUCUAUCAUGAAAAGAGGGCAUUUGAAAUUAUAUCUGUAAAUUUUUGGGAUAUUUUUUUUCACCUACAUACCAUGUGAAUUAAGAGCUCUUGAAUGUGUGUGUCAAUCAAAGAUUUUCAAAGAAGAGUAAUUAUAUAAUUAUGUAAAAAAAAAUCCUUUAAGUCAAAUAUUUAUUUGAGAAAAUAAAAAGGUCUCUCUUGUCUCAAGUUAAUUUAUAAAAAUGAUAUGUUUUCUAAUAUAUAUCUUUUAAUAUGUAUUCAUUAUUGUCUUGUAAUUCAAUCCAGAGAUAUAAAUUUCUUAAUAUAUCCAUUUUGUUACUUUUUUGUGUAUAAAUGAUCUGUCUUAUUUAAGUACAGAACAAAUAUCAGUUACAUUAUAAAUGAUGUGAUGACACCGUACCAGAAUAUUCUGUCCCCAAUUACCUGAAACAUCUUAAGCUUAACAGGCUUAAGUAGCUUUUUUCACUUAGCCAAAAUACAUACUUAAACUUGAUUUUGUUAAAUGAAAAAAAAUAUGGUGAUUAUCAUACACAUAAUUCCUAUUUAAAGCCUAAAAUCUCUGGAAAAAAAGAAGAAAAUAUUACACAAAUUAUAAGAUUUUUUUUUUGAGAUUAGCUUAAUCUUGUUUUAAGGGACUAAAUUGUAUAAUAAUGUUAAUUUUUUUUUGCCUCAGUGACACCAUACUAUUUUGAUAUAAUUUGAAAGGAUUUAAUAUGUAAAUCAGGCCUCAAUUUCUCAAAUGUUCUUAAGUAGCCCAUUUCCUUAC